CGAGGCGGGGCCAAGGCCAGACCUGCUGUGGGGCAAGCCUCAGCGGGCGGUAGGUGGUGAGGCUGCGACCCUCGCUGCCCAUCGCCCCUACCCCGCCGCUCACCCGGCCACCGCAUACAGGAGAGAUUAACAGAUAGUGUUUGAGAGUCAUGGAGCUUUUAGGUUCUACUUUAACGGCAACCUAUGCCCACCCUAGACCAACACCAACCAGCUUUCUACCAGCCAUCAGUGCCAUGGCAUCAAGCUACAGAGACCGAUUCCCACACUACAAUUUGACCCACAGCCCGAGCCUGCCUUGGAGACCAACCACAUACUACAAAGUGGCCUCCGACUCGCCAACCUUGGCACCCUACUGCACCAGAUCUCAGAAGGUGGCUGAAAGUACCAUGCUCCCCUUUGUUUCCAACAGAACCACGCUCUUUACAAGGUAUACGCCUGAUGAUUGGUACAAAGCCAAUUUAACUAACUACCUAGAAUCCAACACUUCCCGACAUAAUUCAGAGAGACUAAGGGUAGAUACUUCUCGUCUCAUUCAAGACAAAUAUCAACAGUCAAGAAAAACCCAGGCAGACUCCACCCAAGAUCUGGGAGAACGAGUGAACGACAUAGGAUUUUGGAAAUCUGAAAUCAUUCAUGAGUUGGAUGCAAUGAUUGGAGAGACAAAUGAACUAACUGAUGUCAAGAAAAAGCUGGAGAGGGCUUUGAUGGAGACAGAAGCCCCUCUUCAGGUUGCCCGAGAAUGUCUGUUUCAUCGAGAGAAAAGAAUGGGGAUUGAUCUCGUUCAUGAUGAAGUGGAAACAGAACUCUUGAAGGAAGUUGACAUCAUUCUGUGUUGUCAAGAAAGGAUGAAGCUACAUUUGGAUAAGGCCAUCGCCCAACUUGCGGCCAACAGAGCUUCCCAGCACGAGCUGGAGAAGGACCUGAGUGACAAACAGGCAGCGUACCGGAUCGACGAUAAAUGCCACCAUCUGAGGAACAUGUCGGACGGUGCCAGCUACUUCCGUGGGGUGGAGAGGGUCGAUGCCACGAUCUCAGUGCCCGAGUCCUGGGCCAAAUUUACAGAUGACAAUAUUCUCCGCUCCCAGAGCGAACGAGCAGCCUCUGCCAAGCUGAGAGACGACAUUCAGAACCUCCUGGUGGUGACCACCAAUGAGAUGUGGAAUCAGUUCAACAAAGUGAACUUGGCUUUCACCAAUCGCAUUGCUGAGACUGCAGAUGCUAAAAAUAAGAUUCAGAUUCACUUAGCAAAGACUCUGCAGGAGAUUUUCCAGGCUGAAAUGACCAUAGAGUCCAUCAAGAAGGCCAUCAGGGACAAGUCUGCAUUCCUGAAGGUGGCUCAGACCAGACUGGAUGAGCGGACAAGGAGACCGAACAUUGAGCUCUGCCGGGACAUGGCUCAGCUACGCCUUGUUAAUGAGGUGUAUGAGGUGGACGACACCAUCCAGACCCUGCAGCAGCGCCUGCGGGAGGCAGAGGACACCCUGCAGUCGCUGGUCCACACCAAGGCCACUCUGGAGCAUGAGCUGGCAGUCAAAGCCAAUUCGCUGUACAUCGACCAGGAAAAAUGCAUGAGCAUGCGCAAGAGCUUCCCCAAUACCCUCCGGCUGGGGGGCUUCUGUUAGGGACCCGGCCAGGAGCGGGUCUGUGACUCCUCGGGGAAAGCAGAACCGGAGCCCUGUUGCAGCAUUGAAACUGCUCACAUACUCACUUAUUAAAGGACUGUACUGAUAGAAAUGUACCAAAUCUCCUGUCUUGGAAAGCCUCUUGUUUGAAUCCAACCUUAAUUUCCUAUUUACUAGGCUUCUGGGCGAUGGGAAAGAUAUAAAGAAAUUAAUCAAUUUAGCCAUGUCAACAUCAUUUUUUAGAAACCUCCCCUAUCUCUAAAAACAAUAAAUACUGCUUGUGGAAAUUUUCAGAGAAUAUAGAUUAGUAAAAGAAGAAAUUAAAAAACAUCCAUGUUUCUAAACCAGGUAUUUUCACAUACAUAGAUCUAUUUUAUUUUUGCAUUCAUAUACAGAAUCACUCUGAAUAAAGUAGCCUACAUUUAUAAUGCCCCUAUUAUGGAUCAGAUACCUCAAUGCGUUUUUGCUUUUUCCACUUAAUAAAAGGUACACUUUCCAUGUCAUUAAACACCUUGCCACAAAUUCAUUUUAAUGGUCCCCCUCUUUUUUUAAAGAAUUAAUUUGACCAAGAAUCAACUGGAAUUGAGCAGCAUGUAAUUUAACAGAUAGAAAGGAGCUCUGAGGAGCUGUACAAAAUGAAGGACUUUUAUAGGCAGAAGGGAACAGAAAGAAGAAGGUUGCAAUAGGCAAACAAAGAGGGUUGGCUAUUGUAAAGUUACUUUAAAUGGAUUUUAAAUAUACCAUUGUACUGAGGUUCUAGAAUGUUCUACAACCAAUUUCCCAUUACUGGCUAUAUUGUGAUGUAUUCUUCCCUAUCAUAAACAAUGUAGUCAGGAUUUAAUCUUGCUAGCUAAAUGUUUGAAAACAUCUUUAAUAUUUUCCUAGAGAUGAGUACCUAGAUAUCAAAUUUGAAUCAGCAGUUAUGCACAUUUGAAAAAAGGCCUUUACAGUGUGUAGUCAAGUUGCCCUCCCGAAAGCUGAUGUUACUCUGUACACCUGCCAGUAGGCUAAGAAGGCCUGUCUUUCUGCAUCUUUCAUAAUGCUUUGUUAUCUUUUUUAUUUUUACCAUUUAGUAGUGUAAAAAUGGCCUUAUUGCUUUAGCCUCUUGUUCUUUGGAAGCUAGUGAUGUUGAACAUUGUUUGCUGGGCCCUUGAAUUUCCUCUGUUAAUUGCUUGUCUUUGUUAUUUGGUGUUUACCCUAUUUAUCUUUUUCCUUGAAUUUAUUUUUAAGAGUUCCCUGUGUAUCACUCAUAUGACACUUUGGUACUUAAAUGCCACUUGCCUUUAUAUUGUUUAUGGUUUUUAAUGUAUGGGAGGUGAAAUGUAUAAAUGGCUCCUUUAUGAUAUAUUCAUGCCUUUGGAGUUAUACCUGGAAAGCUCUUCCUCAUCCCAAGAUUAUUUACUUACAGCUUCUUCUAAUUCCACUGAUGAUUUUGUAACUUACAUUUAACUGUGUGGAACUUAGGUGGUUUGAACAGGAAUCUCUGACACGGGAAGACAAGAUCAUCAGAAGGGAAGUUCGUCUCUCCUUUCCCUAUUUCUUACUACUUACAUGCUGGCCAGGUUGACAUCUUUCUCUCUUCACCUCUUGCUCCCUCUAACCACUGUUCAUUAACCCCCAAGCCCCAUUUCUCUCUCUGUUUCUUAAAAGUAUUUUCAGACCUUGGCAAGUCAACUUCACAGAACAUCUUGAAGUGCUCGUAGAGUUGACAUGAACACAACAAGCUUGUGCUAGGUUUAUUUUCAUGGUCUCAGUUUAUCAUUUUGGAAAUCAAACUGUAGGUUUUGUCAUUCUCCCUUUGUUUCUAGUGGAAACAAAGAUACAUAAGAGCCAUGAAAACAGCAAUUAGAGCAAUCAAGUGUUGAUAGUCAUCAUUUUUAGGCAACAGUAAGAUUAAGUGUGAAUUCCACAUGUCUC